AUGGGUCUAAGUGGUGCCAAGCCAGUCAACACUCCAUUGGAUCCAAACCUCAGACUAACCUCUAUUGAAUAUAACUCAUGUGUACAAGAGGCAAACACUACAUCAAGUGACAAACCUUUGGAAGAUAUUGAUAGAUAUCAAAGGCUUGUAGGGAGACUGUUGUAUCUAACUAUGACCAUGGUGGAUAUCUCAUUUGCAGUACAAGUUCUAAGUCAAUAUAUGCAUACACCUAAAGAGUCUCAUAUGGAAGUUGCACUUAGAGUAGUCAAAUACAUCAAGUCAGCUCCAGGCUUUGGUUUGUUUAUGCCCUCACAAGAUUCUAAUCAAUUGAUUGUUUACUGUGACUCUGAUUGUAGUACUUGCUUACAAACGAGAAGAUCUGUGACUAGAUACUUGGUGAAGUUUGGAAAUGCUCUUGUAUCUUGGAAGGCAAAGAAGCAAGAAACAGUUGCUUGA